AUGACCAAUCACACCAGCAAGAAGGAUGAAUCAUCCAUUGUGUUUAGUGGAUUCCUUCAACAGAAAGAGGGAAGUUUAUUUAAUCGAUGGAAAAAAUAUUGGUUUGUGUUGACAAAAGAUGGAAAAUUAUUCAAAUUUAAAAAACAAACAGAAAAGUUUACUCUCAAUUGGAAUGAUAGUUCUCAUCAACCAAUUCAAGAAUACAUUCUCUCUCCGAAUGAUGAUGUGGAAAAUCAAAAAUGUGAAAUUCAAAGUGCAAAGAAUAUUUGUGGAAAGAAUUAUAGUAUGGCAUUGACACUCUUCAAUGGCAAGACCAAUAAUUCAAUUCUAUUAAUGUUAAUUGCUGAAAAUCAAUUGGAAUAUGAAGAGUGGUUUAAUGUAUUUUACAAAAUGAUUCAUUCUUCGGAAAAUUCAAAUUCAAAUUCUCAACAAGUUAAUCAAGUUGAUAAGGAAUAUGAACAAAUGAAUGGGUUAUUGAAUGCAAUUUUGGAUGCUGCUGUCAUUUCUGAUACUUUGGGAACUAUGUUAGCUGUCAAUGAAUCCAUGACAAGUGUUUUUGGAUAUACGAAAGAGGAAAUGAUUGGACAAAAUGUUAAAAUACUAAUGCCAUCUCAUUUGGCAAGAAUACACGAUGAAUAUUUGCAAAGAUAUCUGAGGAGAAGAGAUAAGAGAUUAAUUGGAAAAUCUAGAAAUGUUUUGGGAAAGAAAUCUAAUGGUGUGACAUUUCCAGUUGAGAUUUCACUUGGAGAAAUGUCAAAUACCUCAAUGGAAUCUAUGAAACCAGCUUAUAUUGCUGUGUUUAGAAGCAAGACAUUCGAAUCUUCUUUGGAAGAAAAGGAGCCAACCAUGCACAAGUCAUGGACAGUAGCUGCAUUCCAAGAUGAAGAUGAAAAGUCAACCGAUUCAGAAUCCAGUCAAUCCAGUCAAUCAAAUUCAUCUUGUUCCAAUAUUGCAGAUGAUCAUACCUAUUUGGAUUAUGACGAUCCAGAUGUGCCCUAUCAGCAUCAUGUCCAACAAGAUUCUUGGCUUAAUCAUAGAACUUCUCUCAACUUGCAAUUCGGCCACUUGAUGAAUCAACAUCCUCAACAGCAGCAGCAGCAUUGGUAUCAUGCAGAGAAUCAUUCACCACUCUCUAGUAGCCCCUCUUCUAAUACUUCCUCAACCAGUUCAGUAACAAGCAAUGAAGAUGUCUCUGAUCCAUUCCACGUAUCUGGCAUGGCUAGUAGUAAUAUGAUAUUGAAGAAUUUACAAUUUUCUGACUUUUCCAAUUAUGAAUUGCAACAAAAUUUGACUAGAAUAAGACUGAAUAAGAAGAGGAUGAAACAACAGGGAGAUCAUUUGAAGAGUUUGAUGGAUGAAAUUCUCAAUAGUGAAUUUUCCUCUCUUCGAGUGAAGCUCAUGCUCAUGAAACAUCAAGUCCAAGUGUUGGAAGAGGAAAAUCAAGUUUUACAAAAACAAAUGGACAAUCAAUAUGAAACUUUAUUGAUGAAAGAGCUAGAGUCGGGAAUUUUAGAGAAUGGUAAUCCAGACAGCUAUUUUUGGAAGAAACUAAUCAAGGAUAAGAAUGUGUUUGAAGAAUUGAAACGAAUUGCGAAAGAGGAAAGACAAUUGAGUCUGAUUCAAUUCCUGAGCAGAAGCAUCAAAUAUGAAGAAGUAUUCUCCGUUCAAAAUUCCUCCAAAGAAGAACAGAAAAGUGUUCAAAGAUUUAUGAGAAAUGAAGCAGAGGCCAUUUGUGAAAAAUUCUUUGGUAUAAAGCCAGUUAUAGACAAUCAAGAGGCAGAUCAACACCACUCAAUGAUGCACUCUCAGUCCAUGUCCACCAUUGAUGAAUCUGAAAAUGGUGGCCACAACAGUGGUAAUAACAAAUCUCAUUCAUCACGCAAACAAAGCAUCAUUCCAAUUGCUCGCAUCAUGCUCUCCUCCAAGUGUGAAGACAUUCUCAAAUCCCACCUCCUAUUCCCAACUCCCCAAAUGUUCGAUAUGGCUAACAGGGAAAUUACUGAGCGAUUGAAAAAAAAGACCUUUCAACAAUAUCUCAUCACGGCCAAACAGGACCAACUCCAGAUGGACAAUCUCAUUGAUACAAUCCUCUGA